AUGUCGCUGCGGGGGCCUAUGAAGCGCUCGCACCUCCGGCAGGUCAGCGCAGCCAGCUUGGACUCCCUCUCCACUUCCCGCUCGCUGGAAGCUUCCCACCAUGACGCCCCCAGUGACCAUCCAUCCACCCCGGAUGAGAGAGCCAUCCGGCUGUCGUUUCCCGGUCUGGAGAGGCGACAAUGCACGCUCUGGGUCCACGAUGAGACGUUCUCCCGGGAGGAAAUCCUGUUCAACCAGACCGCGUUCAGCGAUACCGGAGUGAGCGCCGGGGAUGUCGUCGAGAUUCUCCACGCCCGGCAUACGGCCGAUGGCGCCCAUUCUCUCAAGGCGGACCUGGGCUCCAAGUCGUUGCGUGACAGUCAUGCGAAGUCAAGCUCGACCCUCCAUUUGGACGCCCUGUCCAAGUUCAAGACGCCGUUGCAAAGCCGGUGUCUCUUUGUCGUCAAGCCCUUGCCGCAGGACAUCAAAACGCGCCAUCCCAAGCUGGAGCUCUCGGUGACUACCAGCAUCGCUAAUAUCUUCGGCUUCAAGAACCGCGAUACCGUCUACGUAUCCAUCGUGGACCGGGCGCAAUGCUCCGCGUCCCAUGUAGACAUCGCCUUUCGCGAUCAGUACGUCGUCCGCUCUGACAUGUGGAGACUCGUCAUGUCUGAAUUGGCCGACAAGAUCGUCUACAAGGGCCAGAAGAUUGUGUUUAUGGGCAGCAUCAAGGCGACUGUGAAGAACAUUUUCAUCCGAGGGGAAAAGGUCCUCUCGGGUUACUUCUCCCCGCAGACCAUCCCCGUCUUCCGCAGUGAAUCAGCAAAAUAUGUGCUGUUUAUUCAGAUGUCGAGGGAGAUGUGGGAUUUCGACUCGGAGGGCACCGGUGAUAUCCUCUUUAGCAGAGUGAUUAACGGCUUCCUGCCGGAGCUCUUCAAACGGUGGGCGAACUCUGAUGCGAGGCAUCUGGUCACGAUUGUGUUGUUCACGCGGGUCGAGUAUGAUGCGUCCACAAUUGGGAUGUCGUCGACGCUUAGUCCAGAGAGUUUAAAGAACAUCUUCAACUCGAAUCAUGCCCCGACGAGGGACUUCUAUCGCGUCGUCGUCAAUGACAUGGCCAGUGGCCACUGGACCACUAUCUUGGACGAGCUGAAGAAGGAUUUCAGAACAUUCCUCAGAGACGUCUCGACCCUGAAAGUCGAUGACGCCCCCGUGGCUAAGGCCAAUGGCUCGGCGUCCGCGCCGAACGCCCGGCCGGCGGUUAUUGCAGGACGUCCAAGUACCGCCCUACGCGGAAAUAUCCUCGAAGCGAUCCACCUGGCUUCUUCACACCUGGCAUACGACCAUAUCGACCGUGACAUGGUCCAUACGGGCACCUCGAUCAUCGUCAUCACACCAGGUAGUGGAGUCUUUGAAGUGUCAUACGAGUCUCUGGCUUCCACCACGGAGGCUCUCACUAAUCGUGGAAUCGCCAUCGACCUAGUCUGUUUGAGCCCCAUGCCUCUCCACUCUGUGCCGUUGUUCAAAUACCGUGAACCGCCAAGGAGACCUUCUACUUCGUCGUUUGGCGAUAUCCAACACGGUGGCUAUUCGCCAGAGAUGCGGCAUUCCUUUGCGAGCCUGGCCAACCGGACUCCACAUCUUUCCCCAAAGUCCGCUAUCCAAGAUUCCUUCCCGGGAAUAGGCCUCAGAGAUUCCUGGUCCACGCGCCCACAAGAAUGGAAUUAUGGAAUUCCGCAUUGGCUUGAUAUAUCCUAUUGGAAUCCUGACACAUAUAGAGAGGCUCGACGGAUUUUGAAGAACGACCCGAAUGCGCCGAUCCCAUUCACGGUCACUAAGCGGUCCAAGAUCUUCGUCCCACGGGUACGGAUGUACGAGAUCCAGAUGAUGGGGGUGAUGGAAAGCGAGCAGUCCAACAUCUCGAUUCCUUACCUUUUAGAGGGACAGAGUCUCUCAAGAGGGCCGAGCCCUGGACUUAGUCUCAGCCCGGCUAGUCUGGCUGCUCCUGGAAAGCCUUCCUCGAGGCGCAGCUCCAACUUCAGACACCAGCUGAGUGAUAGCCUCCGCCCCGAGCCAUUUCUUCAGAACAUGGAGAACCCAAAAGAUGUGAUUCUCGCAAAGUCAAAGAAGACGCCAAACUCGGUAUUGUCGUGGAUGGACAAGUAUGACGAGAAAGUGUUUCAGCCGUUUCCCAAGCAGCGUCAGCGCCGCAGGUCCCCGAAGCAAAAACGACCUAGCGAGCCCAAUGUCCAGGUUUCUGGGGCGCAUGACCGCAUCUCUGCACGAUCUAUCUCCCAUCUGAGGCAACACGAGACGUCUGGUCCUCGCCCUGCAGUGAGGAAGGUCGAGCCAUCCUUCCCGACGCCAAAAAGUCCUAGCUCUGCCAAGAGCGCUUCUCCCAAGAAGCCAGCGCUCAAAACUAAAUCAACCACGAAGGUACCGCGUAUAUCACGGACUAUCAGCUUUGCCCUACGUGGUCUGAGCUCCACUCCUCCUCGGGCGGUGGCAAGCACGGAAGUCAACGUGGAGCAUGCUACAGGAAAGUCGUCUACAGACACGUUCCCAGACUCAAAAAGCGUGGAUUCAUUGAGUGUGUCGGAUAGUGCGUCGACGAGAACAGUCAUUGAAGUGUCAAAACCCCCCGGCACCCCUCAGAAACCAGUGCAGAGCUCUGCGAUCACGCCUUCCAGGCCAAUUUCCAUCAGGCCGGCGCCGAAAUUGCCGGAAGAGCCAGAGCAACCGAAUCGUUCCCUUGCGGCGUCGUUCUCAACGACAGCCACUGAGAUCCCAUUAACAGAGGACACUCGGUCGGCGGCCCAGCUGAGAAAGAGAGGGCCAAAGUUUGAGGUAACGAUGGACCCAGGUUCUCGUGAUGGGCAGAUCAAGAGUCCGCAAAGCAAGGCAUUAGCUCCUUGGGUUCGCUCGAUCAAUCCGUGCAACACCCCAAGAGAGGUCCUUCGGGAUACCACGUGGUUUGGACGCUGGCAGCACGCUUAUCCGAGACCUCCUCAUGUUGCUGUGGUCAAAUGGAAGAGUCUGAAGUCGCCUGCCAUUCUGCCUUUGACAACCGAGGAAUUUCCAACCGCAACCGAGCUGGCGACGGAGUACCUCCAGACACCGUACCGGGUCUUUCCAAAUGACGACACUGAAGGGGUUGAAGCGCCAAAGACGCGGGGGGUUCUGCUCCGAGAAAUGAUAUCUCUCCGCCUUUCACAUGGUUUCCAGAUCGUCGUUGGCAAGAAUGUGGUAGAAGUAUCCGGCCAGUACUCCCUCCAGUCGCCGAACGUCUUCGACACUAAAGGUCUUGAACGGGAUGGUGCCACUGUGUUCCUCUCCAAAGGAAAGUCCAUACAUCGGCUUAUCUGUGUUGAAGGCGCCGAAAUCGAAGUCACUCGCUUCACACAUCGGAGCUCGUCUGUUCUGUCACCAGAGAGGACGAAUGGAUGUACCGUAUAUACUGCAGCAAUGCGGACCAUCUUGAACCCUGUAUACGAGAUCAAGGAAAUAAAACUUGACUCAACGACCGAGGAAUACAACUGGAACUAUGCCGAUAACUAUGUCGCCGGUCAUCGCGACUAUCUUUACAAUCCGGCCCAGCAGUUGCAGUUCUGGCGCGUGCGUUAUGUAUUGAUCCCAAUGCACUUACGACGCAAUAUUCAGUCCUUCAAUGAAGAUAAUGAGGAAGAGAUCCAUCUGCUCGGCAUUGAUCAUCUGACCCAUAUAUGGCAACGGCACAAGUACGUGCCUCCAGAGGAAAAGAGAUUCGACACUUCCAACAAGAAGAGAGAGCAGAAUCCCCUCAAUAUCAUGUACCAAACGCGAAACCCGUCCGAGGUUGUCGCUGCGGAGCUUGAUCGGAUUCUCCUGACUGAUCCGGGACUGGAUAGCUCUCCCGCUCAGUUGCUACCGGAAUCAGAAUUGCUCGAGCGCUCCAGUAUCAGCUUGUCUUCCCUAGCGCAGAUCAUCCAAGGCGAUAACGGCGUGCGCAUGAUGGACAGAAGAUGGCACUGGCGACUACACUACAACUGUUUCAUCGGCUUCGAAUUGACAACCUGGCUCCUUCAAAACUUCCGUGACAUUGACACCCGGGAGGAAGCCGUCGAGUUUGGCGACCAAUUGAUGAAGCACGGUCUGUUCCAGCACGUAGAGAAACGACACAACUUCAGGGACGGAAACUACUUCUAUCAGAUCUCGAGCGAGUACCGCGUGGCACGCCCGGAGUCCAGAAACAGCUGGUUCCCUCAGAUUCGGACCGAAAAGUCCACGCCAUCCACUCCGGCGGGAGAUCAUAGCAAAGAGUCCCCGGUGGUAGGACAUGCUCGCUCCGAUAGCGUCGACGACACGCCUGUCCAGACACCCACUACGCCUUCAAAGUCCAAGAACAAAGCCACCAUCAUGCUGUCGAAGAGCAUGAAGUAUGACGUGGAUCCCCGGAAACGGUCGAACCGACCUGAAGUAGUCGACCUGCACUAUGAUCGGUUGCACAAUCCUGAUAAUUGCUUCCAUCUUGAGCUCAGCUGGAUGAAUACAACUGCGAAGCUGAUCGAAGACACUGUGCUAUCAUGGGCUUCGACGGCCGAAAAGUUUGGCCUGAAACUUGUCCAAGUCCCCAUUGCCGAGGCGUGUGCUAUCGACCAGACCCAACCCUUCCGGAAGCCGUAUCGGGUCCAAUUGAAGGUGCCUCCUCCCAAAGCUCCCGCUCCCACAUUUUUCAACCCCGUGUCCUUUGCGCAACAAGGGGCGCCGGACCAGCACUACUUCCAAAAAGCGCUCUUGCGCAAGUUCGACUUCGUCCUGGAUUUUGAGGCUAGAUCUGCAUUCCCUGCAGAUGUGGAGGUGUCCUACUCCUGGGGAAUCCCGGACUACCGGUAUUCGCAAUACAUCCACCGCUCAGGAAGCCUGCUGGCUCAGAUUACCGAUGAGGGUGACAUUCUCCUUCUUGCCAAUCGGCUUGUCAGUACACGGAGCGCUGCUAGUCGCGAUAUUCCCAGGCAUGAGCGGAUGGACCGACCCGACCAAUACCGCGCACGGGCGGCUACCUACGAUCCAGGAGAUCGCAUGUCGCCCCGCCUGUCUCCCGUGGCUCGCCCUGUGCAUGAUAUGGCCAGCCCUCUUAGCCCCCAGGGACACCCGCCUCUCGACUCGGCCAACUUGUACCGUGCACCGGAGCAUAUCCUGAGUGGAAUCGUAGAGUUCUGCAGUGACGCAGAGAAGCUGGAGCAAUUCUAUGAUGAGUCGCUUGCGCGUCCGGCGUCUACUAAGGUUGGGCCGGCACCAGCAACGCUGAUGGACUCGUCCAUCCCGUCGCUCGAAUUGCCUGCGAGUGUGGUCAGCCAUCAUAUCUCGCCUCCCCCGAUUCUUCCAUCUCGUGGGCCGCAAGGUUCCACGACCGUCCCUUCGGUCGAUUUGAGGUCGCAGGUGCGGGAUGAUAGUGCUCUUCCGAGAGGUAGCCCUCGAGCUGGGCCAAGAGCGAGCCCUCUAAGCAGCGGUUUGCGGCCACUUCGCUUGGGCUGA